UGGGGUAGGAAGUUCCACCCAAGCCAAGUGGGGCCACCCUGCCCCGCCCCAGGUGCCGCCCUCUCUCAAGGGGCAUAAACAGCCUGAGCCUCAGACAGUGGGGCAAGAAGGGAAGACCUGGCUUCUGGGAGGCAGGAGACAGCUCAGCAACAAUGGCACUGGUGACUCAGGUCAGCUUCGUCCUUCUCAUCAUCUUGCUCUCGCUGCCACCCGUCAGUCCAGGAACCCUGAAGAGGCGGGUGCCAGUGAAAGCUGCAAAGCUGAGGAGUCAAGGGAAGGACUGCUCCCAGAUCUGGGCAGACAACCCAGAGUCCCCUAGCGGCGUGUAUGUCAUCAAGCCAAACGGGGCCCCGGAUGCUUUUCAGGCUUACUGUGACAUGCAAAAGGACGGCGGCUGGACCGUGUUCCAGAGGCGCACAGGGGGCAAGGGCCAGCCUUUGGAGUUUAACCGGGUCUGGAGGGAGUAUGACUAUGGCUUUGGAGAUGUGAAAGGUGAACACUGGCUGGGCCUGUCAAAACUUUACUCCCUGACGCACCAGCCUGGCAUCCGCGCCGAGCUGAAGCUGGAGCUACACAACUUUGAGAAUGAGAGCCGCUAUGCCCUGUAUGAUUCCUUCCAGAUCAGUGACGCAUCCAGUUUCUAUGUCCUGUCCCUGGGCAGAUACUCUGGAGACGCAGGAGAUUCCUUCCGUGGCCAGAAUUGGUCAGGAGCAUCCACCCAGGUAGGUAGUGCCUUCAGCACCGUGGACAGGGACCAUGACUCCUGCAACCCCUGCUUCCAAGGUGAUAUAGCCUUCAACGAAUGCAGCCAUCAGAAUGGGGAUGCAGGCUGGUGGUUCAGUGACUGUGGGGUGGCCAAUCUCCAUGGUGACUGGCACCCCAAGGAGGACUACAGAGGCUGGGGCUCUGACGUCCACUGGGGAACCUGGAGCCCAACGGAUUCCCUAAAGGCCACCGAGAUGAAGGUGAAAACUGUGGUGACGGCAGCAACCAAGGCUUAGGCACCAAGGUUCUUGUCAGCUGCCUCAGGACUGGAUCAGAAGCAUGGCAUGCCCAGAGAGCCAAUCCGAGGGAGCCUGGGGGUGAUGGUGGUAAUCAAAUAGGACUGAGAAAUUGGGGGGCAGGAGCUGCUGGGCACGAUGGGUACAAAACGUCUGCUGUAGACUGGGGAAAUGAUCAAUAAAAACAGAGAUUCAGCUUU